AUGCUCCCGAUCAACGCCGGAAAUUUCCAGGAAGGCUAUCACGAGCUGGGUAUUGAACAUUGUUGCACAGCCAUUGAGGUCGACACAAUGGGUUCCAGCGAGUCGAAACCAAUCUCCUCACAUGUGUGGAAGGCCUCAGCGCCCAACGGCAUCUCACAAGAUCUCGUAGAUUCACUACAGUCUAGCAAUGAGACUGAUGCCUCUCGAUCCAAGAUAAUCGAGCUCCAAAUCCAGGCCCGUGUGGCCGAGGAGCUCAAAAAUCUCCAGAAGAAAGAGUCCGAAGCGCUCAAGAUCGCACACGAAAAGCUCUCCAACGCCGACCUCAAGGACGACAACAGCACAAGUCAGUACACCGUUAGCAAGGAAAUUGAGGCGAUGCGUCAAAAGCUCGAGGCACGCAAGCAAGUGCGUGAUCUUCCCGAGGGUGUCGAAGGUGCACGCAACGAGGUUAUCCGAUGUCUGCGAGAGCACGACAGACGGCCGCUCGACUGCUGGCAAGAAGUGGAAAACUUCAAGGCUGAGGUCAAGAAGCUAGAGAAGAGCUGGGUUGAGAAGGUUGUCUCGUAG